GCAAGUAUGGAGCGUGUACAUUUGAGCGGCGAGGUGAGGCAUGUUAAGGAGCACAGCUCCAGACAGUUGUCCCAGGAUGCAGUGAAGGAGCUGAUCCAGCAGUCUCAGGAGGCCAAGAAGCAGGCGUACUGUCCAUACAGCAAGUUCAGAGUGGGAGCUGCUCUACUGGCACAUGACAACUGUGUGUUUACAGGUUGCAAUGUGGAGAACGUCUGUUACAACCUGGGUGCAUGUGCUGAGAGGAAUGCUAUCUCAAAGGCAGUGUCAGAGGGCUACAGAAGCUUCAAAGCUAUUGCGAUAGCGAGCGAUAUGAAUGACCAGUUCAUCUCCCCGUGUGGUGGCUGCAGGCAGUUCAUGAGAGAGUUUGGGCCAAACUUGACCGUGUACCUGUCCAAACCUGAUGGCUCGUACCUGAAGAUGACCGUGAAUGAGCUGCUGCCCUCCUCCUUCGGCCCUGAAGAUCUGUCCAUGAAGAAAGUGAUUGACAUUCCCAAUGAGUGCUGAGCCUGGAUUCAAGUGCAAGAAAAACUACUCGAGUGUUUGAUCUGUGUACCAUAUGACAUGUUCUGUUUGUAAUGCUGCUGUGACGGCAUUAAGCAAGAUUUUUAUUUAUGGUAAUAUUUUUUUUUGUUCAGUCUGCUUAUUGUAAUUGUGGGGGAUAUUUAAAGGUGACAUAUCACGCUUUUUUCAUCAAUAUA